UACAACCUAUGGAAAAUAAUUAUUUGAGGGAGAAAUCUCAGUGACUUCCCCUCCACAGACACAAAUGGUAUGAAUUAUCCAUUACCUCUUUCUAUGCCGUCCACUCUUCUCCCAUUAACCAAAACCUUCACCACCUUAAUACCCUUCCAAAAGAACAGGAAGUCAUGGUUAUAAUAAACCUCUCAUCCUAUUCACCAUCUUCUUCCCAUUCCCUCAUCAGAUUAACUAAUUCAAAGUCACCCAUCACAGAACUUUCACUAAAGCCCAAAACCCUCUUCUCAAAAUCUUCUCUUUCUUCUAUAAACUGCUCGUUUUCUUCAGCACACCUCGGUUUGAAUUUCAAGAACCAAUUUUUCUUUGGCAAGAGGGGAACCCCACCUGGGAAAAGAUUGGAUUUUAGGUCUUGGGCAACUUCUGGAUUUGAUUUUGGGGUCUUUGAGAGUGCUCAGUCUGUUUUGGAGGCAGCUGCAGUUUUAACAGCCAUAAUCAUUGUUCAUGAGGGUGGUCACUUCCUUGCUGCUUCUCUUCAAGGGAUCCAUGUAAGUAAAUUUGCUGUUGGGUUUGGUCCAAUUUUAGCUAAAUUCAAUGCAAACAAUGUAGAAUACUCUAUUAGAGCUUUUCCUCUUGGUGGCUUUGUGGGGUUUCCUGAUAAUGAUCCAGAGAGUGACAUUCCAGUUGAUGAUCAAAAUUUGCUUAAGAAUAGGCCAGUAUUGGAUAGGAUAAUUGUGAUUUCAGCUGGUGUCGUUGCCAAUAUAAUCUUUGCGUAUGUUAUUAUCUUUUUCCAAGUCAUUUCAGUUGGUUUGCCUGUACGAGAGGCCUUUCCUGGGGUGCUUGUGCCCGAGGUUAAAGCCUUUUCGGCUGCUUCCCGAGAUGGGUUGCUUGCGGGCGAUAUAAUACUUGCGGUUAAUGGAAACGAAUUGCCAAAAAUAGGGCCUAAUGCAGUUUCUCAGCUUGUUGAUGUAAUUAAGAAAAAUCCUAAAAGAAAUGUGCUGCUCAAGGUUGAGAGGGGGAAGGAGGAUUUUCAAAUUGGGGUCACCCCAGAUGAGAAUUUUGAUGGAACUGGUAAAAUUGGUGUUCAGUUAUCUCCAAAUGUAAAGAUUUUCAAGGUUCUACCGAAGAAUUUAUCUGACGCUUUCAGUUAUGCUGGGAGUGAAUUUUGGGGUCUCUCAUAUAAUGUUUUGGAUGGCUUAAAACAGACGUUUCUAAACUUCUCGCAAUCUGCUAGCAAGGUUUCGGGUCCUGUGGCUAUUAUUGCUGUUGGUGCUGAAGUAGCAAGGUCAAAUAUUGAUGGCCUUUACCAAUUUGCAGCAGUGCUUAAUCUUAACCUUGCAGUAAUAAACCUUCUUCCAUUACCUGCUUUAGAUGGGGGUUCCCUGACUUUCAUCCUCAUAGAGGCAGCUAGGGGUGGGAGAAAGCUCCCUCUAGAACUAGAGCAGCGGAUUAUGUCAUCGGGGAUCAUGGUUGUUUUUCUCCUAGGGCUAUUCCUUAUUAUUCGGGACACUCUUAACCUUGAUUUCAUUAAAGAAUUACUGUGAUUGCUUUCAAGGUCUCGGAAGUUCGAAGUUGAUUUGGGUUGGGAAAUUUUACAACACUGUUGUUGGAUCAGACUGGUUGCCUGUAAUGUCUCACAGAGGAGGCGAACUGAGAUCAUUAGGAAUGCUUGGCGUAAUGUAGUUGCUUCUGCCUAAAACAUUAAACGAAAGAUGCUUGUGGCAUCUCAGUUGUUCUCAAUAUCUUUCAUCCAAUAGGAGAUCCUUUUCAUAGUCCUGUAAAUCAUAAUUUUCUUUUUUAAUGAUAUUGGCAUCAUAAAAUUGUUGGGAACUUCA